CUGUCGGUUCAGUUUUACAUCAGUUUCCUGUAAACGUAGCUCAGCUUUAAUCUGCAGGCUGUCGGCACGGCAACAACACCAGAACCAGAACAACACAGAACCAGAGGAACCAGGUGAAAACCAAAAACAUGAACAACCGCAACACUGAGGAAAAUGAAGAAAGAGGAGGAGCUUCAGGAGGAGGAGGGUGGAGCUCAUAUGUCCCUAUGGUGGCGGCAGCAGCAGCAGCAGUUGGUUUGCCGACCCUGUACUGGAUGAUCCGUGACAUCAGGCAGAAGAAUAAUGAGCUUCAAAUGAAGAUCAUGAGAGACCAGCUCUGUGUAAAGAGACAACUAACAAUUCACAAUUUUUACAUUACAGCCACAAUAUUUGAUGUUCUGUCUUCAUCCUCUGAAGAAAAGAAGAAUCAUAUUAUUGACACAGUCUUUUUUAACAGACUAUACUUGGCAAAGCUCUCUCUGUGGGAUGAGGUGGAGGAUCUGUUAGUGGAGAGGCAGCACAUCUUCUGCAGUCGAUUCAAGCCAAGAUCCCAACGGUUAAAGCUUGAGGUGCAGAUCAGGAACAAGGUCUCUGAAUCCAUGCCAAGUGAAGUCCCCCGUUUUGAGGAAGUGUUUGCAAAAGAUGGCCAUUGUGCUUCCUGUCUGACAUACCUGUGGACCAGAGACAAGAGGAGGAAUGGACGCCUGAUGUGGGAACUUCUAGAUGACCUGAGGGGGAAGGCGAUCCAAGAUUUACGGAAGGAAAAGGUUAAGAAUAUACUUAAUCUGAACGAAGACUCAGGACAACCCAGUUCAUCCUCAGGUGGAUCCUAAUGGAACUGAUUAUACUCGGCAGUACAUGACAGUCACAGUCAUGUUUUUAUUCAAAUUAAUUAAACUGUAGUCUAAUGCAAAUGUCUUUGUUUAUAAAGGUAGUGAUUUAUAGACAGGUGUGGCAAUGAAACUGUACAUUAAAAUAAAGAAUAAAAAUAGGUGGUUGUGUUUAUUGGAAAAGCUGCAUUUAGAAGCUCUCUUUAUAUAAACUGUACUUUCAGAUACAUAGCAUUAUUAUUAUUAUUAUUAUUAUUAUUAUUAUUAUUAUUAUUAUUAUUAUUAUUAUUAAUAUUAUGGGGGGUGUACACAGUUUGCAUCUUAAACUGGAGAGAAUUGGUGUGAAACCCCUAAAGACACUGGGAACACAUACACAUUUAAAUUAAUGUAAGUGGUGUGUCAGGUGAAAAUUCUGUUGGGUUUCAGUAAAUUGGCUUAGAGUCUGGUUUUGACCAACUCUAUAUAUAUAAGAUGUCA